AUGACCUCGAGCGAUCCACAAGGGAAAGGAAAAGGAAAAGCUCCCAAUCCAUCUUCCGCUUCUACUUCCUCUACGUUUACAGCUCCAACGCGAACAACUUCAAAUGACACACCCAGUCGACAAGAUGAACAACCUACUCCCUCUCUCCUUAACCGUAUUGGUGCUUCGGCAGCAGGAUUGAGUCGGGAUGUUUUUGCGGGGGGAUCUGCUGUUGGAGGAGAGUCAUUAAGGAGAGAUGCGCGGGGGUUCCUUGCAGCGGCUGGGAAUGGGAAGGGGGGAAGUACGAGUGCGAGUGGAAAUGAAAAUGGAGAUGUAGGGUACACGCAAAUGCACACCGGGAAUCUUGGGUUGUUAGAUGGAUCUUCUUCGAUCUCUGGGGGUGUUGGGGAUACUCUUGGAAUGAGAAGCGCGGGGAAUAUGAGGACUAGUGGUAGUGGUAGUGGUAUCCAAGGAGCUGGAGGAAGUGGGAAUUUAGAUGGGAAUACAGUGGAGGGAAGUGAAAGAGCGAGAUGGAUACAGCAGAACGAGAAGGAAUUCGCUGAGUUUUUGGAUGGUGUUCCUUCUCUUACCACUGCGGGUGAUGCUGGCUUUGAGGGUGGUUACAUGGAAUCUACUUACGAGAUGCACACAAACGAUUCGCAAACCGCGCAGGCAGGUAAAUUUCAGUAUGGCGCUCCUUUGAAUCCAGUGGGAAAACAAGCUUUCGAAGACUCAUGGGCUCGAUCUGCACAAGAAGUUACUGGCCAGCAUGAAGCUCAUCCUGGGCCUCACGCUGUAAAUACACGAGAACCAACAAUCUACCACUUCGAGCCACUGCCAGCCUUCAAUCCAGAUAAAGUGACAGCGGCGGAAUAUCGUCGAGAGGUAGUAAAUACGACUGCCCGUCGAGAUGCCGGGUACAUGAAUACCGGUCACCACAAUAUAUCCGUGCAAGAACAGGAAAGUCGGGACGGAGACGAAGUACGCGAUCUGUUAUCGAGAAUUGGAGGGUUUUCUUUCGAUGAGGAGAUUGCUGGACUGAGCGAGACGGAAAUAGAGAGAGAUGAAAUGAAAGCUUAUGAGAGAGAAUGGAUGGGUAUGAGUUCUAUGGAACGGGAUAGGAUUAUACAGGUUACGAGAGAUUUAUUUCCGGAAAAGGUGAAGGAUGGAAGGGGGGGGUUGCAUGGAGGUAUUGAUGUGGAGAAUCCGCUGAAUUUGUUUCCGGGGCAUGAGAGGGAAGCGGAGGAGAAUUGGAGAGAAGAGAAGGAAAGAGAAAUGCAAAGAGAAGAAGAAGACGACGACGACGACGAUGAUGAGUUCGAAGGCGAAGUAUUAAAUUUCCAAGGAACAGAAUGGAGAGUGAGGAAAGAAAAGAAAAAUGGGGAGAUAAAAAAAGGGAUGAGAGGGAAGGCAAAGGAAGAGUGGAAAAGUGAUUGGGAGGGUGUACUUAAAGGGUAUACUGAUGAAGUUUGGGGAGGCUUAAUACCGUUAGUUAGAGAAGCGAGAGAGGAAUUGAAAGUCGAAGAGGAGAAGGGGGACGGGGGAGAGGGGAAAGAGACGGGAAAUCUAAAAGCGCUGAGGAGAUUGGGUGCUGUGUUGGGACAUUUGAGGGGGUUGGAUGGGAGUGGGAAACAGGGAUGGGGAUGUUGA